UUCUUGGUAAACUUACGUAUUACAGAUCUGUUAUCUUUUAGCUGAACCUAUACUGCACGUAUUGCCCCGGGGUAACAGAGGCCCCACGGAAGCAAAACUUCUGCCGUACAAUAUGGACAUUCGACACGACUUAUAUAGGUAAAGUGAGCAGCAACAACAAUGAGGGUACUGUCGUUUAAACCCCUGCUUUUAGUUUGCGUCGGGCGACUGCCUUUCACCGAAUACGCGCACGUUUCUAAAUCCGUUAAAACACGGAGGAGGAUUAUUGAUCGCAACCUGUGUGAGGGUCAAUUUCGUAGCAUGACGUCACCGAAAUACGCCAUCACCCUUCAACAUCAAAGGCGUGUGAAAAUUAGGUUAUUACGAAAAGAAGCAAAGCGGGUUCUGGGAUUUUAUUUUUGCAUCUGUUCGGUAUAAUCGCGUAUCGGGUGUUGCUAUAUGAUACGCGUAAACAAAUCAAAGCUGUGAAAAUUAGGAAAACAAAUUUUCGAACCCGUUCCGCGCGCAAGGUAAAUGGCAUAGGUUGAUUAAGGUGUGGCGAACGUAUACGUUUAUUGGAUUUAUCAUUCUAUUAAUUUCUUCGUUAAGUUUGGCGAGUGGUAUGUCCCGUUUACUUAGCAUGACAUGUGGUGUGAUAGUCGAACCGCCAAUUCGGGGAAAUAAUUGAUGCCCUCUUAGGCGUUGGCAAAUUACGUCCAACCGCAGUGAAAUUAAACGAGGUAUUAAAGUUGAGGAAAACUACAUAAAUAGUUGGCAGCGACGAAGUACAACGUUGUGAGAACGGGAUUAUAAAUCGACAAAUUAUUAAUCCCUUUCUCCCAGGGCUAAAGUUUAAUCUGCGCAACAUCGCUGAUCAAAGAUGUGAUGUUUGCUUGCUAAACAUUGGAUCCCACAAAUCUACUGUGAUCGACGUCUAUUAAGAUGAUGUUAACACCCAGUAUACCCCUCAUUUCGCACCUUCCGCGCCUUUCCCUUAAUGGGUGAUAUACGAGGAUCCAGAUUACUUGUGUCUGGGGGAAGCAACAAUGAGUACCUAGUGUUCACGGGAUCUAUAAGUGGGGUCCCACGCAUUGGGUUGUUCAAUUCCCGUAUUCACUAUAGAAGCAACUGAUACUAAGUCAACAGCGUGAUGCAGUUACUGUCGGAAAAUUUGGUUUCUCACUUCGAUUUUUGCUGGGUCAGACUGAUGACGGAGGGAAGAUCGUCAUAAUGUGGCGUCAUUGUAACAAUGACGUAAUAUGUUUGUAAUGGUGCAUGGCUAAUGACGUAACUACCCUCGUCGUAGAAGCCAAUGCCUCGCUAAACAACAACUGAGAGCGCUUACGUAACCCGACCGAAUAGAUCAUGUUUCGUCUUCCGUCGUCGGGACGCUUUGUCCUAAAAAGAAUACGCUUUAUGGAUAAAAAGGGAUAAAAAUAAGAGCACAUGACCUCCAAACAUACUAGUUUUGAAUGGAACAAGAGCCAAAGACCGCACUGACCCGUGUCGCUUGUAAUGUGGCCGACAAAGAAAACGUAGCAAUGAGACCUCCUGACCCCAGAGGCCCCGAAAUGUCGGUACCGCCACGACUUUGGAAGUUGUCUAUGAAUACCGUUGUAAGUAGCGGUUUGGGUAUAACUCGGUGCAGUUGUGUGGCACGAGCGUAUAUAUUCCCUCGCAUAACGUAAGUGCUAUUUUAAGUGAUGAAAGCGAUUCGUAACGGUACAUUGUAAACAAUAGGUUUACUUACCUAGCGUGUGUAUGACUUAACCAUAUGCGUGAGCUGUUUCAAUAACCUUCUUCAAAGAGUGGAAGGUGGUUUCAUUAAAUUGAAAAGACCAUCAGAUCGCCGCUUUGUAAUUACAGUAUCUGAACGGCUGUACUUGUGCAUAGCCGGAACAAACAGCUUCGCCGCAAGCGAAAACUUGACAGGUUUUCUGUCGCCGACCGACUGCCGUCAGAGACGAGCACGAAUUACGAUGCAUUAUGAAGUGACUAACCUUACACAAACACUGUCAAUUACUCUAUCGUUGAAAUGAUUUAUAGAAGAUGGUGAAGCGGUUGCUUUGCGGUGGUUGCUACCGCGGAGGAUCCACUUAAGUCGUUCUCCAUGACAUGCAAUCCAGAUUACCAUCAAACGCAAACAAUGAAACAAUACAAGAGAGCAUAUCUGCUGUGUUACAAUUUCACGCUGCGGGCUGCUAUGACAUCAACGCCUCGCAACGCCAGUCCCGUGUUACCUUACUGGCUUAAUUUCUAAUUAAAACUGAGCCGCAGCGUCGUGACACAGCUAGGCGAUAUCAAUCCUAAGUGUCACAAUGUUUAUCAGGGAUAAGCGACUGCGCGGUAAAAGAGGUCGCAUUGAGAUGAAUGGACGGAAUUUCGCCGCUGAAAAUGACAUGGCUGAUUGACAGAGUGACUCAAUUAUCAGCGUGCAAUCUUACCAUAAGUUCGUUCGAACUUGUUGCGCUUUUAAGUGAGGUAUUAACAAAAUAGGCCUUUGUUCCAAGCCAGGUGGUCCAACUACAAAUACGGAGCCAGCAUGUGUCACCAAUGAGCAUCAUCAUUACCGGUGUGUAUUUUCAGCGAACGGCCGCUUGCAUUAAUCGAACAGAUAAUCAAGAUAGGUGCCGGAUCGAACAAGGCGUGAAUUGGUAUAGGGCAUACGAGUGACGCUCGUCCGAAUUUGGUUCUCUUAAUGGAAUUCUAAUGCGUCAAUGUUUUACCACAGGAAACGAUCGGCCAGCAAACCCUAAAUUAGGAACAAAACACACUGAGCGAAAGAAUGUCAAUACAGACUUAUAAAACAUUUAUAAAUUUGUUUCAUUUACUUUUAUUGGCAGUAAUUGGGGUUUGAAUUUACUGUUGAUAAAAAUUAAAGCAACCGUAAUUUAAAAUUAUUAACUAAAAAAUUAUUAUGACUGGCGUACUUGCUUAAUAUAAAAAAUAAUCGUGAAAUACCAUAAGAGUAUAUUGACAAAACAUAUGUAAUACAAAAUAGUGGCAGACUCCAAAUAGAAUAUACGCAGACGUUAAAAUGGAAAACCACGAAUAACUCGUAAUAUUAAAAACGGUAACUGAAAAUCGGGAAUCGAUUCAGGCACCACCUAAACCUAAGUGACAAUUUGCGCAUUAACUUGGCUUUACUUCCAUUUACGAUUAAAUCUUCGUGACUACUGGGUCGUUAGGUAGGGAUGGGCGGGACGAGUCAAUAUUUUGUUGUUAAAUAAAGUCGAAACUGAAAGUCUGUUUUAGGUUCGGGCAGAACUUUAUAAGUAUUAAGGUUUUAAAUGCAAACUACCAGAUAGGCUGCGUGCGUAAAAUGCUGAUAAACACGACAUGGAUUCUGAUAAAUGGUACUGGAUUGGUUUUGGAUCUGUUUUGACUGUGGCCUCGGGGUUAGCUCUAUUUUGUUGUCUACGAGUCGCAUUUGGAGUCUGCGCAAAUACAAAGCUACCAUUUGAAAGACUACUCGUGCGGCACACUCGUUUUAAGGAAGUGACCGUUACUAUGACAACGGAGAUAAAAGAGAGCGGAGACCAAUUACCUCCCGAACAAACGCAAAAAGACGAAUGGAAACAACCAGAGAAAUCAUCACGAAAAUUUGAAGAUCCGCGUUUCGUUUUAAAAAACAACAAAGUAGCGCCAACGAUCACAGAGACUGAGCAGUACCAAACUUCAAUAAACAUGCGGGUCUCAAAAACAUUUACUUCACAAACGUUGAACGUUCAGAAAAGAAGCCACAUUCGUAGUCUAUCUCGAAUGCUGUACCAAGACCUUAGCGUGCAAAACGAGUGCGAGACAAUACACAAACAGACAAAUAAGUCAUCUGUGGGCUUCGCAAACGAUGGAUUUACUGAAAGACAAACUGAGUCACAAAACAACGUUGUAGUAAACGCGGAAGCGUGGAGCGAUUCAGUAAAGAAAUUUUUGUUUGCGAAACUGGCGUCUGGCUACUUUACAGUGGACAGUACGGGAGCGUUAUGUAAGGUGAACGAUUGGAAACACGUAAGCGAGAAGGAUUUAAAAUACAGGGAGAAGGCGAUCUUUCAACUUGUAUCAAACAAUCAAUUAGAGGUUAUGGAAGAAAAGAAGGAAACAGAAAAUAAACCAUCACAAAAUUCAAGCUCGGCACCAGCGCUGUAACGUGGUAACAAAAGCCGGAACAAAUCAAUUACGAAUGAUGGAUAUAGGCUCAUUAUCUAUGGUUCAUACAUUGAGUUUACAUAUUCAAUACACAUUAAGCCAUUAUAGGUGAAUAACAUGAUCCAAAGCGAAUAA